UAUGAAUACGAAACAUGUUAUUCCAAAAUGUACAAAUGAACAUAUUAAAUUAGAAAAAAGAGAAGAAAUAUUUAAUAAAACUGAUCUGAUAUUUUGUGCCGAUUACACACCGACAGUAGACUCUCUUGAGAUAAUAAUCAACAAGACAAAUUAUCCAGAUUUACUAUUGUUGUUGAAAUAUGAGUAUGGAAAAGAAUCGUGUUUGACUGAUCAGAGUUUUAUUAUUCAAAUUGAUGAAAAGGGAGAAAUUCCAGAUCCUUUGAAACUAAACAACCAGGAAUAUAAUUGCAGAAGUCGUUUUGUUCAAUCUUUGGCUAUAAUUCUUCGACUUGAAUUCAAGUCAAACUGCUCAAAGAAAUUGAGAAUGUAUUUUGAAUUAAAGAUAAACGGUACUGAGAUUAUACCUCUUACAACCUAUACUACAAAACUAACAACAAAAAUUGUAAAACAUUCAACUACGAAGAGUACUCGCUUCAGCACGAAGCAAACAUUAAGUGAAGAAAGAACAAGCGAAAUGGCAUCAGUACAAGAAAGAACAGACGAAACAACACCAAUGCCUUUAAACAAUUUAUCGACUCUCAGUACAUUAAAAAAGAUUUAUUACACGUCCAACUCCGUAACAGAUUACGUAACAAUGGGAACAAAGGAGUACGACAAAUCCGUCUCAACUUCUAAUAAUCUUCCUGAUUGGUGGCCUAUAAUUGUUGGAGUGGGUGGAUUUUUAUUUGUAUUUUUGAUAGUCUUCGCUAUUUAUAUUUUUAUACUACAUCGUAUAAAAGGUCAAUCAAAGCCUGACUCUUCUUACGAAGAAAUUGACAUUGUUCAGCAUUCUAUUUAUUCAGAAAUGAACAACGUAACAAGAGUUAGUAUUCGAUCAGUCAAAACGCCUGUAAAACUUGACAGAAAAAGUGAUAGUAUUAACAGAAAAUCUCUAAUGGUUAUUAUGGAAAAUGAUACCUAUGGACAUACAAGUAAUGAUAUAGAUGAGGAUAGAAAAGUUAGUUUGUCUCAGGGUAGUUAA